AUGAAAUUUUUAUAUCAAGUUUUAGUUAUAUUAACGGUUAUCGGUUUUAGCGUGGAAUUAGAUAAUGGACUUGCAAAAACGCCACCAAUGGGUUGGAUGUCUUGGGAAAGAUUUAGAUGCUUAACAAAUUGCACAUUGUUUCCGGAUGAUUGUUUAAGCGAAAAAUUAUUGAGAGAAAUGGCGGAUAGAAUGUCAUCGGAUGGGUAUUUGAAUGCCGGUUACGAAUAUUUAAUUAUCGACGAUUGUUGGUUAGAAAGAGAAAGAGGCUCCGAUGGAAAAUUAAAAGAAGAUAGACAACGUUUUCCAAGCGGAAUGAAAAAUCUUUCUGAUUAUAUUCAUUCGAAAGGUUUAAAAUUUGGCAUAUACGAAGAUUACGGUACGAAAACAUGCGGCGGAUAUCCUGGAAUUAUAGGACAUUUGGAAAAAGAUGCAGAAUUAUUUAAAUCAUGGGAUGUGGAUUACGUUAAAUUGGACGGUUGUUAUUCCGAACCUUUCGACAUGGACGAGGGUUACAUAGAAUUUGGAAAAAGUCUUUUAAAUACGCGAAGACCGAUGGUAUAUUCGUGCAGUUGGCCAUUUUAUCAAGAACUCGUAGGAAUGGCGCCGAAUUUUACUCUAAUAUCGAAACAUUGUAAUCUUUGGAGAAAUUACGACGAUAUAGAAGAUAGUUGGAACAGUGUUGUUAGCAUAAUUAAUUAUUUCGGUGAUAGACAAGAACUUAUUGGAAAAUAUUCAGGACCGGGACACUGGAACGAUCCGGACAUGUUAAUCAUCGGUAAUUACGGUUUAAGUUAUUCACAAGCAAAAGCACAAAUGGCGAUAUGGUCAAUAUUAUCAGCGCCAUUGAUAAUGUCAAACGAUUUAAGAAACAUAAGACCGGAAUUUAAAGAAAUAUUAUUAAAUAAAGAUGCAAUUGAAAUAAAUCAACACGAAUUGGGAAUAUCCGGAAAGAGAAAAUACAGAGCAAAAGUUUGGACAAAACCCUUAGAUCCGAUUGCACCGAAAACAAACGUUUGGGCAUUGGCCGUUUUAAGUAAAAGAAUCGAUGGUGCUCCAUAUUACGUAUCGAUUCCACUAAAAAGAUUAGGAUUGGAUCCAUCGUGGAAAUACACGUUCACCGAAGUGUUCGGUGCUUUAAAACCGUUCGAGAUAUCAAUUAACGAACCGUUAACCGUGAAAAUCCCACCGACGAGCGUUUUAUUUUUUAAAGUGAGAACCGAUUAA